GCGCAUUGGGAAUGGCGAUCAGGGAAGAAUGAGCACCCUGCCCAGAUCUCUCACCUCAGAGAGAGUUCGUGGACAGAGUUCUGCAGUCACCACCUGACAAGUGACAGGAGUCCCAUGGAAACUCGCAAGAUGCCACAUACAUUCAGGCACAGUCGCUUAAGCCACAACUCCACUGUGACCAGACGGUUCACGCUCUCACGGGAAAGCCUAUUAGAACGUAUUGCAGACGACCCACAAAAACGCCCUCAGGGCGCCUGCUCGCACAGUGCCAAGGCUCCAGCUCGCACAAGCCUGCCCUGUUCUCCACGCUCUUCUUUCUAGGCUGUCUUUGCCCGGCUCGUCUAACGGUCCCGCCAGAUCCUGCGAAAGGCACGAUCGGCCGCUAGGCUUUCUGGGAAAUGUAGUUCACAAAGGUUUCUCAUGAGAAUAGUAUCAGCUGAGCCCGUUAACUCAUCUGUCCAGCUUGACUGUUACUAGGUUUACAGGUCCUACCUCCCCCACACUGAGACACAUCUGUGGUGUGAGUCUGAAGCCUGGGGACAGGUGUCUGCCAUGGGAGGAGACCUUCUGACCUGAGCCCCGCACCAGAAGCUUGAGAACCCUGGGUGGGAGUGGACUCUGACCCGCACACCAUCUUGACCAGUCCUUCCCGAGCCGGCAAGACCCAAAUGACAUCUCAGCCUUGAAAUAGCAGCAGCAGUGUGUGACAUGGAGCAGGUGACCCGGGGAAGAGCUUGGUGUUCCAAGGACUCUGCACUUUGCCAGGAGGAAGAGGACGUGACCAGACUUUAUAAAACAGUGACAUUCAAGGAUGUGGCUGUGGACCUCACCCAGGAGGAAUGGCAGCAAAUGAAGCCUGCCCAGAGGAACUUGUACCGAGAUGUGAUGCUAGAGACCUAUAGCAACCUAGUGACAGUAGGUUACCAAGCCACCAAGCCAGAUGUCAUCUUCAAGUUGGAACAAGAAGAGGAGCCGUGGGUGCUGGAGGAGGAAAUGUUUUGGAGACAUUCUCCAGAAGCCAGAGGAGGAGGAAAGAAGAGUUUUACAUCGAAAGACAUGACCAAGGGCUUGGACUUCAAAGAUGUGGUCAUUUACUUCUCUCGAGAGGAGUGGGAGUGCUUGCACCGUUCCCACAGAAGUUUGUACCAGGAUGUAAUGUUGGAGAAUUAUAGCAACCUGCUUUCGCUAGGUCUUGCUGACACUAAGCCAAGAGUGAUCUCCCUUUUAGAGCAGGGGAAGGAGCCCUGGAUGGUUAUGAGGAAUGAGACAAAAGAAUGGCUUCCCGAUUGGGUGUCUGGAAGAGAAGGCAAGAAUUUACUUCCAAAGGAUGGCUACAAAAUUAAAUCAUGGCAACAAAAGAUGGCAAAAAAACAUACACACCCCAACAUUGAGGACAGCAGGGCCAGAGGUAAUAGACAAGCCACAGGCCAGCUGGAGAGGCAGCAAGACCCUCAGGAGGGACAUUUGAGACAAGCUGUAGUGACCUCUGUCGAGAGGCCCAGUUCCAUCCAGUGCACAGUCCACAAAGAUGCUCACCCUAGAGAAAAACCCUGUGAAUGCAAGAAAUGUAAGAAAACAUUCAUGUGCCAGUUAUGUCUCACUGAACAUGAGCAAAUUCACAAUAAGGAAAAAAGCAUUGAGUGUGUACAGUGUGGGAAAGUCUUUAACUGUAGGUCAGACUUAAUCAUGCAUCAGAGACUUCAUGACAGCAAAAAAGGCAAUGAAAAUAAGAAAAGUGUCCUUGUUUGUGGUUCUGAUGUUUUGAAACCUCAGAGUACUCACAGUAGUGAGAAACCUCAUAAGUGUAAGGAAUGUGGGAAAGGUUUCCAUUCUACCUCACAGCUCAGUCACCAUCAAAAGUUGCAUAUAGGCGAGAAGCCCUACAAGUGUAAGGAGUGUGGGAAGGCUUUUCCGUCUAUUGCCCAGCUUAGUCUUCACCACAGAGUUCAUACUGACGAGAAGUGCUUUGAAUGUAAGGAGUGUGGGAAAGCCUUCACCCGCCCCUCACAUCUUCUUCGUCACCAGCGAAUCCACACUGGUGAGAAGCCGCAUAUGUGUAAGGAGUGCGGGAAGGCCUUUCGUUACGACACGCAGCUUAGUCUCCAUCAGCUGACUCACGCUGGGGCGAGACGCUAUGAGUGUAAGGACUGUGACAAAGUGUACAGCUGUGCCUCACAGCUCACCCUCCAUCAGAUGGUUCACACUGGGGAGAAGCCCCACAAGUGUAAAGAGUGUGGGAAAGGCUUUAUCUCUGAUUCACAUCUGCUUCGACAUCAGAGCGUUCAUACCGGCGAGAAGCCCUAUAAAUGUAAGGAGUGUGGCAAAGGCUUUCGUCGUGGCACAGAGCUUGUCCGACAUCAGAGAGCCCAUACUGGGGAGAAACCCUAUAAAUGUAAGGAGUGUGGAAAGUCCUUUACUUGUACCACAGAGCUCCUUAGACAUCAGAAAGUUCACACUGGUGAUAGGCCCCACAAAUGUAAGGAGUGUGGGAAGGCUUUCAUUCGAAGAUCAGAGCUAACACAUCAUGAAAGAAGCCACAGCGGUGAAAAGCCCUAUGAGUGUAAGGAAUGUGGGAAGACCUUUGGCCGUGGCUCUGAGCUCAGUCGACACCAGAAAAUCCAUACUGGUGAGAAGCCCUAUAAGUGUAAGCAAUGUGGGAAAGCCUUCAUUCGUGGCUCUCACCUUACCCAGCAUCAGAGAAUUCAUACGGGACAGAGGAGGAGUGAAUGAAGAAACACUGCCAUCAGAAAGUUCAUACAGUUACAAAUUCUUAUGAUGGCUAACAAAUUGGGAAAGCGACAUCAAAGGGUUUCUCAUUAGCACUAGAAUCCAUACUCAGAGACUAAGUAGGGCCACAAAUGAUUGGACACUUGUCAUCAGUGAGAAACCUUACAAUUACAGAAAUCGGAGGUGACUUAAUUGUUCCAAAAUUUAUCUCAAGGCUUUAGUUUAUGAAAAAUUGGAAAGUUCAUGAACGUAAAGAAAGUAGGAAUGUUCUUCCAGUGACCCAGAGCCAGAUAUGCCUCAGGGAAUUCACACCAGGGACAAACUGAGGAGGCAGUAACAUCAGAGAAAUUAGCUGUUAGCCCUCAGAGGAAAGAUUCAUAGUCACUACAAAUGGGAUCUUUCAUACUUAAGGCCACACUUGUGUUAGAAAAAAAAUGCAGCACAUUUUUCGUUCUUCUCAAAUUUUAUGAAAUACUUUUGAAUUGAUUCUAUAAAAUGAACUUCAACUGAGGAAGUGUGGGGAAGAACUUAACCACGUCUACUUUUUAUUCACCCUCACCUACCCCAGAGUUCGGGCAGGGUAAAUUGCUUACUGACUUUUAAAUUCUCUUAUAAAUUAGCAUUGUUGACAUCAUGUAUCUUUGUACUGUGAGGAUGUGACUAGUUUGUGGGAUAGCCAAAUUCAGCAGGGCAGGGUGGUGCAUGCCAUUAAUAGAAGCACCUGGAACCAAAGGCAGGAGGAUCACAAGUUUGAGGAUAGCUUGAAGAAUGUCUCCAGGGGGGGAAAAAUGCCAAAGAUAGCUGCUUUUCGUGUUAUUUUCAAAAUUGUGAACUUUUCUAUAGCAGCCUUAUAAAAGGAAAGCCUUCCAUGUCCUGCGGUUGGAGGGGCAUUUCACAUUGACUGUUACAGAACCCUUUUGAAGACAGACCAAAAGUUUUCAUUCAUACUUUGCCCUUCUGCCAGGCAGCAGGUUCAGUUUAAAUGGGAGGUGGGGAGAUUUCGAUGCCACAGUUGUGUAUGAGAUGAAGAUGAAAUCGAAAUGAAAUAGGCUGGUUGCACAAGCAGAGGUUGUAGGUUUUGCCUGUCUACAGGCGUUACCAAUCCCCUCUGUGAUGCUGCCAACCACUUACAGUCUGGUCCUCCUACUGCGCACUUAGUCUCCUGGGUGAUAAGAGGGUCUGAGCAGGAGUCCGCAGUGGGCUCUAGUAACGAGACACGGGAAUUGGUCUUGUCAGCUGCAGGGAGCACAUUGCUACUGAUAGGCGGUGCCUGAUUUGUGCUACAAUCAAAAGGUUGUGAGGCUGAGACUGUCGUGGGAAUACAUUGUCAGUGACGUUGUGGCUUCAUAAAGCCAUGAACUGCCCUUUCCCUGAGCUUGCAGAAUAAGAAAUGUGUACAUUGAAAAUGAGUACUCAGCUCUUUACAGUAUACCUAACUCUUGGAGAAUUAUCGUUGAAAAAUAUUUUUACACAUAUAUUCAGUUUCAAUAAGGUAGAGUGUUUAUAUAUAUUCAGCUUUUAUAGUAUGUCUGAUAUAGAGAAGCAUUAUUUUCCAAAGUAUUUUCUUAGCCAUAUUAAAGUAUAUAUUCACUUUUGAUUAAGUAAGAUGUAGGAUGUUUACUUACAGCAUUUGAUAGUGUAUUUUUAUAUCCUGCUUUUUACAAUAUAUCUUAAAUCCUGGAAAAGUAUUGUUUUCCUGAAUGAAGUUAGAAUCAAGGAGAACCUGCUUAAGGAACUGCACUAAUUCCUCUAAAUCUGAAUCAUGUGACAGCUAAAAAAUCUUCUACCUCUUCAGGACACAAGGACAGCACUCACAGCUGUGAAGGGAGCAAGCAUUUUUACAAAAUGAAGUCAGCUAUUUACAAACUCACUGUACUUAAUAGAGGCUAUUCUGAUUAGAGCAGCAAGUCUCAUCAGAAGCCAGCAAAGUGGUGCUUUGUGCAGAUGUGUUUGUAGACAUGCUAGUAAGUAGACACCAGAGUAACAAAGCAACUCUCCCCUCACAGUGCCUGCUGUGAAGGGAGAUCACGUCCCUGUUUACAGACUUCCACUUGAGAAUAGUCGCCCUAGUGAAGUUUAUCUGCCUCACACUGUAGAACAAUAAUGCAUGUGGUAAGUAAAACUGCUAAUGAGUAGACAGACUACUGCAGAACGAUUUAUAACAAUUCAGGUAGUGAGUGGGUGUGUUGUGUGCACACGUGUGUGGAGGUCCACCUAAGAUGUCUUGCUUCAGGAGCCAUCCACUUUGGUUUUUUGAUACAGGGCCUCAUGAGGAGCUAAGGCUCACCAAUUAGGCUCAGCUGGCUGACCAGUGACGCCCAGGGACCCAUGGGGCCCUGUAUCCUUUGCGUUGGCAUUAAAAGCAGGCGCCACAUCACCCGGCUUUUUUAUGUGGGCUUUGGGAAACUUGGAACUCAGGUCCUCACGCUUGCACGGCAGGUACUUUACUGACUGAGUCGUCUCUCCAGCCCAUCAAGUCUUUUUGAAAAGGGAGAAAUGAUGACUGAAUUUUAAUCUGCACUGGUAUAUUAAUUUAAUAAAUCUAAAAUCUUAACUAUUCUAAAAAGAACUUGCACAUUUUAUAGGAAUUAAUUAAAGUAAUUAAAGCAGUUUUUAAAAGGAGAUAGUAGUACUGAUUUCAGUGUUGGAAGGAAAGCUCUUUAAUGCGCUGUUCAUGUAUACAUACUUUUCUCAAGACUUGAAUGUCCUCUCCCAAAUGUAUGUAUCAUUAUGCGCCUGAAGGCUAGAAUAUACCGCAGUGAUUCCGUUAGAGAAAGGACAUUCUCUAACAGUCUUAGGUGCUAGUAGCCCGUGGGUGCUGGGCUUCCAUUCUCACUCUGGUUGGUACGCACACCCAUGCUUGCACUGUUUAGGUGACAGGUUAUGGGUGGAGAGAGUGUUGAAUGGGAUUGUGCAUACACACACAGUAGUGCAGCCUCUUCUUCUCAUGUGGUGAUCCACAAUAGACACCUUUCUGGUCGAUAUUUACAGAGCUAACUAGCCUCAAGUAAUUCGUAUGAGCCAUGUGUUUGCAGCCCAUUCUUCAGCAGUCAUUGUUCAGGUUAGCUUUACCAUCAACGAGGUCAGGACACAGGUGUUGCCGCGUGUUGGCGUUUCUGCUUCUGUAAAGCAGGUGAAUUCCUGCCAGUUGAAUCCUUGCCUUAACAUAGUAGAUUUGAAAUGUACUUGGUGCCUUAUUGCUUUUGUGUAAAGCUCGUGAAUGUGUGUGCGUUUCCCAACUCUUGUCAACCAGGACUGAAAACAUGCCUUCCAUUUGCACUACCUUAACUGCCAGCAAGGCUGAGCAUCUCCCGGGCCUAUGGGACAUUUGAGCUUUGUUUCUGUGAAUUGCACAUUGUUAUCGGUCUCCCUUUGUAAAAUUGGAGUUGUUUUUUGAGACAUUUGUAGAAGCACAGCUAGACGAUCAUAUUACCACAUUAGCAAUUUAUUGUCUUAGUCUGGCAUAUGUCAUUUGCCCUUGCUUAUAUCAAAGUGUUGUUUUCUGAAGGGCCAGACAGUAUUGCAAGCUUUGGGGGCCUGUUUUCAUGUGACCUUUGCAGCAUGGAAGUGCAUCGUUUGAACCAGUGGUUCUCAGCCACUUCUACCGCAUCCUCGUAGACAAUUGCCGAUGUCCACAGGCAUUCUUGUUUGUCACUUUAAAGAUGGUUGCUGCUUGUGUCUAGUGGGCAGAGGCCGAAAGAGAUCCUUCUCAGUGUCUUGUGAUGCACAGCACAGCCCCCAAAGAAAAUGAUGUCAGUUACGUUCCUGGCCAAACAGCACUGGAUACCACUGUGUCAAUAAAACAUUCACAAAGCAAGCAGCUGGCAUAUUGUGCUUGUAGAUGUAGUUUCCUCACCUUAUUUUAAAUGGCUUUUGUCUGUAUGCUGCUUUACUGGUUUUGUUCUCAAUUAUCUUUUAUCCCAACUAGUUUUCUGUAUUUUAUGGCCUUAAAUCUUCCUUCCUAAAAAUACAGAGGAUCAAUAGCAUGUGUGUAACGACCACCCAGUAUUUUUGAAACAUGGGUUUUUGUUUGUUUAGUUUUGGUUGAAAUUACAUAAAAUAAACAUCGUUUCAGAAAAAUA